CACCCAAGACACAUCGAAGAAGAGCGCCAAGUCCAAAAAGACAAGACACUCAGCCAGUACACCCUCCCGUCAUGGCCUCCAGACAACGACCAGCUGCCCCGCUCUACCGCAACGUCCAGUCACGCAUUGCGGCAGGCACUCGCUCGCGGGCUGCUCUCCCGCCGCUCGACUACUCGUUCAAGGAGCUGACCGAUGUCCUGUCGAUUGUCCAUGAAGAGCCGCGAUCGGGCUAUCGGAGGAUUGUCGAGAUCGAUGAUGAGGAGAUGGAGGCUGCCGCUCGCCAGGCUGCCGUCCUCGGUGGCGUGGCUGGCGACGAUGGCGAUGAUGUUGAGGCUGGUGCUUCGGCCAAGGCUCUGUCAGGCCCACAGACCAAAGGUCGCGGCAAGGGGAAGGCGCCCUCGCGUCCGCCGGGCAUCACCACUGCCAUCCGACUCUGCAACAACUACCUGUCGUCGCUCGAUGGUCUCGAGGAGGCUCUUGCCGAGGUACUUGACGAACCGGCAGAGCUCAAGUGGAUCGACCUCUCGUUCAACGCCCUCGUCGACAUCGACGAGGUCCUCACCUUUUUCCCGCACCUCACCACCCUCUACCUCCACGGCAACAACAUUGGCGCCCUGCCCGAUGCUGACAACGACGACGACGUCGCCGCUGUCGCCCUCGCCAACGACAACACUCUUCUGGGUGGCGGCGGGCCCGGGGACAACGACGACGAUGAUGCCGCCGCCGCUGCCGCCGCCGCUGCUACUGCACGCCGUCGCCGCCGCAAGCGUGUCAGCCUCGACAUGGUCGACAAGCUUGGCCUCUUGCCCAACCUCAAGGCGCUGACCCUGCACGGCAACCCAAUCGAGUCGCACCCGCACUACAAAAACUACGUGCUCUCGGUCUGUCCCUCGCUCCGGCACCUCGACUUUACCGGCGUGACCCGCGCGGACCGCGCCGCUGCGCAGGCUUGGGCCUCGAUGCAUCGCGCCCGCUACCGUGCCCGCUCCCGCCCAUCGCCGUAACCUCAUCUAUGACGACGACGCGUACUCGUACUCAUACGCCGUUGUGCCGGGUGUGUUGUAGCCGCCGGUCGGUGCUGCCUUUCCUGCCGCCAGCGCCUCGACGUUGUCAAAGUGCAGCGUCUCGGCCGCGCCAAGCCGCUCGCGAAUGCCCUCGAGC